AUGCAGCUCAAGUAUAUUCAAUGUCAAGCUAAUAUACAUCAUUGGCCAUUGUUCCUAAUAACAAACAGGUCCACAGAUUGUAAUUUAGAAUGUUUUUUUCAUUCCAGUUUCAAAUCACCAACUUCAUUUUAUUGUUUCAGUAACAUGUUCUGUUGGCAGACUUACAAUGCACUAUUUAUACUUCGUUGUAUCACCAAAUUCUUUGUGGAGAACUUGAAAGAAGAAGAUUUGGUACGCCAGUUUGAGGCUUGCCCAGCCCGACAGCCUGAUGGUACACGUCGUGAUGAUGAGAAUGUGAACCAGCUGGACCUUUUUCUGGACUCCUUGAUAGAGAUAGUGGUUGAUGUUCCUCUCAAAGACUUCACUUACCCAUUACACCUAGAGGCUAUCAACUGCCUGCUAGUGCUGCUGUCUGUGCAGAUGUUCUCACAACAACCUGCCUCGAAGUCCUGCAUUUACAGGAGUUUGAUGCAGGGUCGCUACUCGAUACAUGCUCCACUGCUUGUCAAAACCCUCCUCCAACACUUUAUCAGCCAAGACAAGGCACCUCCAGGCCUGUACAGGAGUUCUGCAGGGGGAAGUGUAGUGAUUGGUUUGGCCUCGGAACUAUGGAACAUGCUGACAUUUGGCAUGACUCGUGGCAUUGCGUCUGCUUCUCCAGUAUCAUCUGACAAUGUGACUGUGGUGAAGCCUAAUGAGGUUUCAGAAUCACCACUGUCAAACCAGGCGCUGCUGUUGGUACUUGUGCUAGCAAACCACUGCACUAGUGACAAGAACCUCCACAACCCAUACAGACAGGCUCUCUUCUCCUGUUCCAAUUCACAAGACCCAUGCAAUGAAGCAACACCAACUAGGGCAGCUGCUACAUUUAAACUGGACCUGGGCCGUUUGUAUACAACACUCUGCAAUGUCCCAAGCUCAGACCAGACUACAUUGCUGCUGUACCUCCUGGUUCACCGCAACCGACAUGUCAAGACGUAUAUCAUGUCCCGCUCUGACAUAGAACUGUUGGUGGUGCCUGUACUGAAGACUCUGUACCAUGCUCCAGAUAGCAAUUCUCAUCAUAUAUAUAUGUCUCUUAUCAUCUUGCUCAUUCUAAGCGAGGAUGACCUCUUCAAUAAGACUGUACAUGAAAUGAUGCUGAAGGGGGUGACCUGGUACACAGAACGCUCAAUCUCCGAGAUCUCAUUGGGUGGUCUGCUGGUACUUGUGGUGAUCCGCACCAUUCAGUACAAUAUGCUGAAGAUGAGAGAUAAGUAUCUUCACACAAAUUGCCUGGCUGCACUUGCCAACAUGUCAAGUCAGUUCCGAUCACUGCAUCCAUAUGUGAGUCAGCGUUUAGUUAGCCUGUUUGAGACUCUUGCAAAGAAACAUAAUCGCCUUGCUGAUCAAAUUCAACAGCAGGACGCAGUAGGGUCAGCCCAUGUCACAGUUGUCAAUAUGGAGGACACAGAGAAACCAUCAGACUUGGUUCAGGACCUUGGUGUCUUGGAAGAGGUUCUGCGCAUGGUCUUGGAGAUAAUCAACUCAUGCUUGAGUCACCAGCUGGCACACAACCCUAAUUUGGUAUACACGCUUCUGUACAAGAAACAUGUGUUUGAGCCAUUUCACACCCACCCUGCUUUCCAGGACAUUGUGCAGAACAUUGGUGCUGUGAUCCUGUACUUCUCCAGCAGGCUGGACCAAGUUCAGAAGGACUUGAGUGUGGCUGAGGUCCUGGCCACUGUCCAGCAUGGGGCCCUUCAAUGGCCUAAGGAGAGGCUGAAGAAAUUCCCAGACCUGAAAUUCAGGUAUGUGGAAGAAGAUGAACCAGAGGACUUUUUUAUCCCGUAUGUGUGGUCUUUGGUGUGUCAGUCUUCCGGGCUGUAUUGGAAUCCAGCAAGCAUCAAGCUGUUUGCUGCAGACAAUGGCUCCCCCUUGGUCUGUUGAUUGUUUUGAGAACUGGUGAUUUCUGAAAUAUCUUCAUGGUUGUAAUUAGUGACAUAACUAUGAGCAUUUGUGCAUGACAGUGUUUUUAUGAGAUACUGUGGCCAUACUCAUCAUGAUCCAGUUACUUAUGCUGCCAUGGCCAUAGUCAUUAGAUACCAUAUUAAUCUUCAUUGUGCUAUAUAUAUUGAAAUAAGAAAUGAGAGAUGAGUCAAAGCCUGUGAAAUCAGAAUCAUAAAAUUGGAAGAGGAAAUGUUAUGUUUAUGCACAUUUAUAUUAGAACAUCUAUGUAGUGGUUUAUUUAGUGUGCAUUACCUACUACCGUUCCCUUCACAUUUUUGUGUAUCAUAAAACUGGUUCUUUGUUAUAUUUUUUCUCUGAGAAUGUACUAUGUGUAUCAAUAUAUCAAAUAAUAAUAAAUUGUUAAUAUAUGUUGAUACAUUUACAGACUUCCAACUUUGAGGACAUAAAAGUGAAGGUGACAGCCUUCUGGGAUGUUGUGCCAUGUAGUCUUGUGGAAGGUAAUUGAUGUUUCAGAAGUGCCUACUGCCUCCAUCAUCAGGGCAAUCAAUAAGCUGCUCACAAAAAAGUAGUUGGUAGAAUGGGAAGAGGCUGGACUAGGUUGAAACUUGGCUGAACCAAUGGAUAAGGGGGCGAGGAUCAAGGUAAGGACAGACAGAGCAUGGGAGCCAAUUGGAGAGUAGGGGUGACCACAGCCUGGGGCAAGGGGGGAGACACAAUAUGAAACUCGGUUUUGACCUGGGUUAGUCUGCUUUUUUUCUGUGUGUGGCUUACUUAUUGACCUGAUGCCAGAGAUGAAUUGCACCUCUGAAACAUCAGUCAACUACAAGACUACAGCUCAGUACCCCAGAAAGGUGUAAUUUUCAUAUGCAUCACUGUGAGAUCCUGAAAUGUUAUAGAUGUAAAAGUGUGCUAUAACCAUGGUUCAAGAGUUGAAAGACUUGGUGUGUUUAAAAGGCAUUCUUGAUAUGGAAUACCUAAUUUCAUGAUAUAGUCUUCAAAGUGGAACCAUAGUUAUCUGAUGCCAUAUGCUUGAUUGUUUUCUCAGGGCUCUGUUAGGAAAGAACUUUUAAUUUCCCCAAGUCUAAUUAAUGUAAUGACUGUGGCCAUUGUCAGUGAAAGACUAUAGUCACUUGUGAAAUUUAUCUCCAGACGCUCAUCUACGGUUACUUUGUUCAGUUGUGUCAGUAUAUAUGAUUCCUUGCUUAUAGUAAUAUUUGGUCCUCUCUUAGUGUAUUCUGGUCUAAUCAUCAUUAUACCAAAAUACUGUUAAUGCCUUUCUUAAUGUAAUUUUCUAUAUUAUGUGCAUAUUGAAUGUGUUAGAAAUAUUGUUACAUUUAUCAUUUAAAUUUUAUUUAAUUGUCCAAUUGGGGUCAAAAUGAUAUCCCAAUAUAAUCUACUUAAUCUGUAUGGAGAAUGUAAGAAUAUAUUUGUAAAUGAAUUUAAAUUAUUAUUUUUUUGUGUAAAGAGAA